GAGAUAGUAUAACAUUUGCCAGAUCAACCCUUUGACUAAAAUUCUUAAACACUCGGUCUCUCAACUGUUACGUAAUGGUGCGAAGUGUAAAACAGACACGAGUCACGAUCCGAAUGACGGAAGGCAACGGUGCCAAAGAAGCGGAGAAAAGAAAAGUCUCUCUACUGUUUCCGCCACAUUGUCAUUGACUUCAAUUGAAAGCCAGCACCGCGUUUUGAAAGUUAAUAAACUUCUCCUCCUACCUCACCUUGUCUCUCCUCUGUUCCUAAAACCGAACCAAACGGCAAACCAUACAGAAAAAAAAAAAAAAACAUUUAUUGAUCUUUUACCAUUCCCGCGAAUCCAUUACCGUCCCGCCCAAAUUUUUUUCCUCUCUCUAUCUCUCUAAUUUCUCCGUCGAAGUUUUGAUUUGAUCCAAUUCUCAAUUUGAUCUAAUAUAAUUCUCAAGUGGGAAGUGUUUGCCAUUGCCACUCUGCCUCUCUCUGCAACUGAACAUAGCAGAGCGAGUGAGGCAGAUCACUUAUUUACUGGAGAAACCCUAAUUUAAUCUAAAUAUGUCGAAAUCGCUUCCUUAUUCUAUGAAAGAUGUGCACUAUGAUAACGCCAAGUUCCGUCAACGGUCUCUCGUCAAGGUUUUCAUCUUCCCUUAGAUCUCUCUAUUGUGCGAUCAAUUUGACAGUAAUUGUUUCUCUCUCCUGAAUCACUUUUGUGCUUGUUUGAUGGUCGCUAGUCUAGUUUCGGUUCAAUUGUGCCAUCGCGUAGCUUGGUGAUCUCACAGUCCUUGAUAACCACUAACUUAAAACGUGAAUGUAUAAGUUGUAGCACAGGGAAGUUCCUAUUGUUAUUAAUGAUCUUUGGUUUAGCAUAUCUUGUGCUGACUCAUCCUAGUACUCCCCAUUCUUUUUCUGAUGGACUAGCAAAAGGAAUAAAAGGUAGUGAAGAAGACAAGUUAAUUACAGAUGGCAAUAGCAGACUUGGAAGAUUUUGGAGGAAACCACCAAGGCUUCCUCCUCGAUUGUCACCUGAUGAGAAGGUUAGAAAUAAUAAACCUAUUCAUGAAUCAGAGAAGCUUAACGCUGAUCCAAAAUGGACAGAAAGGCAACAAAAAGUGAAAGACGCUUUCAUCCAUGCUUGGUCUGGCUACAAAAAUUAUGCAAUGGGCUAUGAUGAACUUAUGCCACUCAGCAAGCGGGGAGUUGAUGGAUUAGGAGGCCUAGGUGCCACUGUUGUGGAUGCUCUUGAUACUGCCAUGAUAAUGGGUGCUGAUGACAUUGUUUCUGAAGCAGGCUCAUGGAUUGAAAAACACCUUAAUGAUAGGAUUAGUAAGAAAGGCCAAGUUAAUUUAUUUGAAACUACUAUUCGUGUCUUGGGUGGUCUUUUAAGUGCUUACCAUUUAAGUGGAGGUGAACAAGGGACUGACUCUGUGCAUAAGGGGCCUAAACCAAUUGUUUAUCUAGAAACUGCUCGUAACUUAGCUGAUCGUCUGUUAUUGGCUUUUACUUCCAGUCCAACUCCUAUUCCUUUUAGUGAUGUUGUUCUACAUGAUCCAUCAGCUCAUAGUUCUCCAGAUGGUUUGAGUAGUACUUCAGAAGUUUCAACUUUGCAGCUUGAGUUCAAUUAUCUCAGUACUGUUUCUGGUGAUCCAAAGUAUGGAGUGGAAGCUAUGAAGGUCUUGGCACAUAUGAAGAAUCUUCCAAAAGUAGAAGGUCUGGUCCCUAUCUACAUAAGUCCUGCCAGCGGUGAAUUUAGCGGAGAAAAUAUUAGACUGGGAUCUCGUGGUGACAGUUAUUAUGAGUACCUAAUCAAAGUAUGGCUUCAGCAGGGAACCAGUCGAGAUGCCAAUUUUACAUAUCUAUACAACAUGUAUGAAGAGGCAAUAAAAGGUGUUAGAAACCUACUCGUUCAGAAAUCAAUCCCAAAUGGAUUGGUAUUUGUGGGGGAAUUGCCUAAUGGACCAAAGGGUUCUUUUAGCCCCAAAAUGGACCACCUGGUGUGCUUCUUGCCAGGUACACUUGCUCUUGGUGCCACAAAGGGCAUCACAAAGGAAAAGGCGAUGAAAGCUAAUCUGCUCAAAUUUGAAGACCUUGAAAAUUUAAAGCUCGCUGAAGAUUUAGCAAAGACAUGUUUUGAAAUGUAUUCAGUUACUUCUACUGGUUUGGCCCCAGAAAUUGCUUACUUUCAUACCAAGGAGUAUUCUGAAGCUGGGCUUAAUGGUGGGAAUAAAAGUUCGAAGUUUAUUGAUGACAUAAUAAUCAAACAUGCGGAUCGUCAUAAUCUUUUACGCCCUGAAACUGUAGAAUCGCUGUUUGUAUUGUAUCGGAUCACACAGGAUCCAAAAUACCGUGAAUGGGGUUGGCAGAUCUUUGAAGCAUUUGAGAAGUACACAAAGGUUGAGUCUGCUGGAUACAGUUCUUUAGAGGAUGUUACUAUGCUUCCUCCUAGGAGAAGAGACAAGAUGGAGACCUUCUAUUUGGGAGAGACGUUGAAGUAUCUAUACUUGCUAUUUGGAGAUACUAAUAUUAUUCCAUUGGAUAAGUUUGUGUUUAACACAGAAGCUCAUCCUUUUCCUAUUAAAGGCACAUAAGAGGGACUGAUCUGUUCUGCAUCCAAAAAGUGAAGAAACACGUUUGCAAACUUAUAUUUUGGUGGGCAAUAGUCUUGACUGCUGCUUUAAAUUUUCCGGUGCGUCAUUUACUGGGUUCGUCCUGGUUCAAAAGGCAAUCAGUGAAAUGGUAAUCAAGAAGUGUUGGCAGAAUUGACCUUCUUCCUUUCAUGCACAGUGCAUCAGUUAUUUGAUCCGCACUUAAUUAUUUACGGAGAAGAAACUUUUUCUUUGGGCUCUUAUAUCUUUACUGCCCACACGGUUAUGACAUGGUUAUAUUAUGUAAUUUUUUUUAUUGAAAUUUCUCAUUGUUAUACGUGGAUGGGGUUAUUUGCACCAAAAGAAAUGAGAAAAAGUGCAACCAUUUGUAAUUGACUUCAAUUUUCCUGUU